GCGGUUGGUUCAGUCAGUUUUCCCUGCCGCAGCUUUUCAGCCAUGAACCGAGUCUUCGCCACCCCCGCCAACUUGGCGUUCGAACUGCAGCAUGUUGCCAAGACGAUGGCCCCGCUUGCUCCUUGGGCUGCCCCUGGUGCCGUCAUCGUUGGCUGGUUAGCAUGGCCCGCGUUAACCCCUGAAUACAAGGAAGAAACCUUUGGCGUGAAGCCUCCGGUUGCCCCUGGCGUUGCUCCUGCUGUUGGCGCGUCGGGCUUUCGCAAGUUCAAAUAUGUCAAGAACGAAAUCGGCGAACGACCUUCGUUGGACGACGAAUAAAGAUAGACGCACGCCCCAUGAGGAGAGGUUGGGCCACGACGCCGCAACAAGCAACACUGCCCAAAUACACCCUUCUUGUUCAUUGCGGCGUCUAUUACACUCGUGUUGUUUAACCUUCAUGAGUUGGGUCGCGACGCAGCAUCACGUCGAUAAAGCACCGCGGUUUCUUGUCUGGCUGAGGAGGUUUCCAGUGUCUUUUUCGCAUGUUGGCAAACCAAUUCUUCACUUGUGUGUCGCUG